AUGGAGAAAGGAGAGACUUCAAUGGAGAAAGAACAGCAACAAACUGAAGAAACAGUUACAGCCCAUCAUUUGACGAUCCCACCAAGUCUGACUCAGGACGAAUUCGACGAGUUAAAACCAUCGAUCACCGAAUUCCACUCCUACCGAGUCAACACAGGUAAAUGCUCAUCCAUCCUCGCGCAACGCGUUCACGCGCCACCUGACACUGUCUGGUCCGUCGUGCGACGCUUCGACAAGCCCCAAACCUACAAACACUUCAUCAAGAACUGUACCGUCAAAGAGGACUUUAGAAUGACAGCCGGUGAGACUCGUGACGUGAACAUCAUAUCAGGUUUACCGGCGGCUACCAGUACCGAGAGGUUGGAUUUAAUGGACGACGACCGGUACGUCACCGGGUUUACUAUUACCGGCGGCGAGCAUAGGCUGAGGAAUUAUCGGUCGGUCACCACUGUGCAUGGGGUUAAGCGUGACGGGAGGAUCUGGACCGUUGUUUUGGAAUCGUACGUCGUGGAUGUGCCGGAGGGAAAUUCGGAGGAGGAUACGCGUCUGUUUGCUGAUACGGUGGUGAGGUUGAACCUAGAAAAGCUGGCGUCUGUCACCGAAGGUAUUGCGCGUGAGGGUGGUGGUGACGGUAAAUCCCAGGUGAAGAUGUAA